CGAUUUAAUAGUGGGAGCUUUAGUAAGUUUUGUAAUUUCACACUAAGCAGCGAUGGACUUCACUACGUGAUUGUAUAAAACUGAAUGGUCUUCGUGAAGGAGUGUUUCUGAGGACAUAGACCCGCAUACGAACGGUCAUUGUAAAUAUUUAAAUAUCAUGUUUAUUAAGUUCAUUGCUAUAUUUUCACUAUAAGUGUGGUACCUCGUAUACCUAUGACAAUCAUUUAUUGAUGAAACAUACUGUAUCAGAAUACUGCCUGGAAGAUGUUAUCAGAGAUGCAUUUGAUGUGGCACUCUACAGAAAUGGAUAUCAAAUAGAUAUUAUUGGACUUCGAAUUGGUUUCAAACUUUAAACAUGAUACAUCACGCACUAUUUACUGAUAUACAAUCAGCACAUAUAUGUUGUUUAAACAUCAGAUGUGGAUCACAUAUAUUCGAUAUCAUAAAACAUUUUGUCAACUAUAGUUCGCAUAGUUUUUUAAUAAACUAAUAAACGUUAGCCAAGACGUUAUUUGACAGGUCUUAUUUCUUGAAUAAUCAAAUUAUUAUACCAAGGUCAUCCAAGACGGAGAAAUCUUUUUUCUAAACUGUUUUGAAGUUAAGAGAAACAUUUUUAAUGAAGAUUUUUUAUUUCGUGGCCUAACAUCCGGGUACUUGUUAUGCAUCCCUAAAGGAUUGGUUUGUUCGACAACACAGAGCAGUUUGAUUCGGCAGCACAUAUGACCUGAGUUGACCCAGAACAUUUACUAAAUCCAAUAUGGCCGUCUCCGAUGUACUUCAGGGAACAAAAGGGACACCGAAACUAAGAACUUGGGGGAAACCUAAAACUUUAAAGUUACUUUUCAUUUUAAUAGUCACAUGUGUGGCUGUAAAUAUCAUCAUGCAGUAUGAAUAUGUAAUGACAAUUUCGAUAACUAGGACCCGAGAGUCAAUAAUGAACAACCUUUUAAAAGGGUACAUACCGGGACCUUAUACUAAGGUAGAGCCUGAACAAAUGAAUCGAAAGAAUGCAUCUGCUGGAGUCUUGGUUUAUGAACAUGAUGAGAAAGGGUUUCAAAAUGAACAAUUGAAAUUAAAGAAUGCAUCUGCUGGAGUCUUGGUAUAUGAACAGAAAGGAUUUCAAAAUGGAGACAAUAACACUUUAGAAAUCGAUGAUAAAACAAUUGCAAUAGGAGGUGCUAUAACAACGCGAAAAGUGAAAGAAUUAACUGCAAAAUUUAUGGCUUCAAGACUGCCGUUGUUUAUACGUUUACUUCCGAGCUUUUGUAAAACUGCAAGCAAAGGAUUCAGUUACCAUUUCUAUCUGGCAUACGAUUAUGACGACCCUUAUUUAACUUUGCCUAACUCCCCUUCAAUGUUUAUCAAGAUAUUUAACGCUGCUGUGGUGAAACUUUGCCCUUCAGGCGUUCCAGUAAGACUCCAUUUAGUGCGGUGUAGUCACUCUGGAAAACCAGCCUGGGCCCAAACAGAUGCAAUGUGGGAGGCGUAUUUAGACAAUAUGCCGUUUUUCUAUCGUGUCAAUGACGACAGCGUUUUGCUGACGGAAGGAUGGUCUGAAGUUUUCACGGAGACAUUAUCCAAGUACACGCCCCCUUAUGUUGGAGUUGUAGGCCCAACCCACAUAGGCGGGAACCUUAAAAUUUUAACUUACGAUUUUACCCAUAAGACUCACCAAGAUAUUUUCGGGAUCUAUUACCCACGGCUAUUUACGGAUGUAUGUGCAGACGACUGGAUAACGAGUGUAUAUGGACCCAAUCGCACUACUAAACUUGAGGAUAUAAAACUGAAACAUACAAGGGAACGAGGUACCAGAUACAAAGUUCAUUUUGGCGUCAGACGAAAGCUCCAAGCAACUAUAGCCUCGAACAAGAAAUUACUCAACCGUUACAUAGAAUACAGAAAUUCAACCCAUCCAACUAAAAAUCCAAAACGUCAGAAAAUAAUUUCAAUGAGCCUUUAUUCAAAUGACACGGCCAGUUUGAUUGGGGCUGUACGCAAUGCACAGCUAACCCCAGUCAUAUUUCCUGGCUGGACGGCGCGAUUUUACAUUCAGAAAACAUUUGGUAUAUUAAAUCAUGAUGCUAUACCACAGAAUGUAAUAAGAAAGCUUCAACUUUUAGGAGCCCAGAUAUUGUAUGUAGACAAUCAAGCUACAGAAUUUUUACCUGAAUUAUUGCCAUAUUUGGUGAGUGACGAUUCAACAGUUGAGAGAUUUAUCGUCCGAAAUGUGACAUUCCGUUUGACGGAUCGUGAAUUCACAACCGUUGAAGAGUGGACCAAAUCUAAGAGAACAUUCCACUGCAUCCGGGACCACCCUUCUCAUAAGGCACCCAUCAUUCCAGAUCUCAUUGGUGGUGUAAAUUCGGGGAUAAAAACCUUCUUCUCGGGGUCUUGGUUUGCGUAUCUUGGCCAAGAUUUCUUGAAGAAUCUUUGGGAGAAUUAUAUGGACCAUUUUUACUGCCACGACAGCUUUACAUGUGAAAGCCAACCACAAUCAUUCCCAUUUGUUACACCUCGAGAGGGAGACACUUUUAUAGGACAGACAUAUGACGGAUAUCAUCAACCAUUUGACGAUAAAUAUGUCGCCACUCUAAGAAAGGCUCGAAAAGUACCUGAUUGUUUGAAGCGUAAAAUUAAAGGAAGUGAUAUGUACACCGACAUAUGUUAA